AUGAAUCUUUUCCCGGAAGUCGGCCUCCAGCAGGCAGAGACCAACACUAACGAGCUCGAGAUCACGAAAAAUCCAAACGAGUUAGACAUUAACGCCACCACAGAAGGCUCGAGCGAAGAAUCAGAAGAUGAAAAGGAACUAUCGUCAAAACUCAUAGCAAUCCCAGGAACAAAUAUAGUUCUGAAUUCAGAGGAAGAAAUUCAAAAAUGGAUCGAAGAGCGACGCAAAAACUGGCCAACAAACAAAAGAGUACAAGAAAAGAAGAGUCUGCAGAAGGAGCAGGCGCAGGCGAAACCGAACGAGCAACGGAACCGCCGUGUGUGUAGGUUUUGGCAGAACUCGCGCAAUUGCAAAAACGGAGCAAAAUGCAGAUUUCUUCACGAAUCGGGUCCUCAACGACCUCGACAACUACCUAAUCAUAAAGUGAAACAAAUCCAGGGGUUGUCUGUUCAAAUUCCUCAACGGUUUACUCCGUUAGUUCACAAAGGAGGCUCGUUGCACAACUUGGUGGCAGAGAGAGAAAUGCUCGACGAGAACGUCAAACUUUUGGAAAUAUUCAAGAAACUUAUUGACAAUAACCUUAUACAGGACUGGUGCGAGCUAAAACAACGACUCAAUCUCGAUAAAAAGAAUUAA